AUGGGUGCAGUGAGUGGCAUUGGCCACGUCUUGCAGAUGGGAGUGGGCGGCAGGAGGCGGGCGCAGGAGUCUCAGGAAGGCCCAGGGGUGGAAGCUGCCAGCCCCAUGGCGAGGGUGCGGGACCGGCUCCCAGGCCGAUCCCCAGCCACGAACCGGGCUGAUUACCUGAAUAAUUCCCCCAUGAUCCCCGUUAGGAUACCCCGAGACAUCGAGGAGCGCUGCAGGCUGUUCGUGGAAGACUGCAGUGCGACGGAAGCCGCCUUCGACGCGAAUCCCCCCGAGAUGGACGCCGACGCUGUGGCUUUUGCCCUCGCGGUGACUGCGGCGGCGGACGACUGUCCUCUGGCCAACUGA